CGCGCCUCUCCCCCGGUCCCCGCACCCUGGCCGGCGGCUGCGAGCGCAGGGCCCAGCCCGGGAGCCGCUGGAGCAGGUGAGGGAGGCGGCUCGGCGCGAGCCGCACAACCCGGCCGUCGGGCCCCGCCGCCCAGGGCCGAGUCUUCCAUCUCGCCCCUCGGUCCGCAGGGCCUGCGAUGGAGCCUGCAGCCCCGGGUCGCGCCCCUCCCUGAGCGCUCCCGUCGGCGGCCAUGCUGCCCCGAGGGCGCCCCCGGGCGCUGGGGGCCGCCGCGCUGUUGCUGUUGCUGCUGCUGCUCGGAUUCCUCCUGUUCGGUGGGGACCUGGGGUGUGAGCGCCGCGAGCCUGGCGGGCGAGCGGGGGACCCGGGAUGCUUCCCCGGCCCGCUCAUGCCACGUGUCCCCCCAGACGGGAGGCUGCGGAGAGCCGCCGCCCUCGACGGAGACCCGGGGGCCGGCCCCGGGGACCACAACCGCUCCGACUGCGGCCCGCAGCCGCCGCCGCCGCCGCCGCCCAAGUGCGAGCUCUUGCAUGUGGCCAUCGUGUGUGCGGGGCAUAACUCCAGCCGAGACGUCAUCACCCUGGUGAAGUCCAUGCUCUUCUACAGGAAAAAUCCACUGCACCUCCACUUGGUGACUGACGCCGUGGCCAGAAACAUCCUGGAGACGCUCUUCCACACAUGGAUGGUGCCUGCUGUCCGUGUCAGCUUUUACCAUGCCGACGAGCUCAAGCCCCAGGUCUCCUGGAUCCCCAACAAGCACUACUCCGGCCUCUAUGGGCUAAUGAAGCUGGUGCUGCCCAGUGCCUUGCCCGCUGAGCUGGCCCGCGUCAUUGUCCUGGACACGGAUGUCACCUUCGCCUCUGACAUCUCGGCACUCUGGGCACUCUUCGCUCACUUUUCUGACACGCAGGCGAUCGGUCUCGUGGAGAACCAGAGUGACUGGUACCUGGGCAACCUCUGGAAGAACCACAGGCCCUGGCCUGCCUUGGGCCGGGGAUUUAACACAGGUGUGAUCCUGCUGCGGCUGGACCGACUCCGGCAGGCUGGCUGGGAGCAGAUGUGGAGGCUGACGGCCAGGCGGGAGCUCCUUACCCUGCCUGCCACCUCACUGGCUGACCAGGACAUAUUCAACGCUGUGAUCAAGGAGCACCCGGGGCUAGUGCGGCGUCUGCCUUGUGUCUGGAAUGUGCAGCUGUCAGAUCACACACUGGCCGAGCGCUGCUACUCUGAGGCGUCUGACCUCAAGGUGAUCCACUGGAACUCACCAAAGAAGCUUCGGGUGAAGAACAAGCAUGUGGAAUUCUUCCGCAAUUUCUACCUGACCUUCCUGGGGUACGAUGGGAACCUGCUGCGGAGAGAGCUCUUUGUGUGCCCCAGCCAGCCCCCGCCUGGUGCUGAGCAGUUGCAGCAGGCCCUGGCACAACUGGACGAGGAAGAUCCCUGCUUUGAGUUCCGGCAGCAGCAGCUCACUGUGCACCGUGUGCACGUCACUUUCCUGCCCCAUGAACCGCCACCCCCCCGGCCUCACGAUGUCACCCUUGUGGCUCAGCUGUCCAUGGACCGGCUGCAGAUGUUGGAAGCCCUGUGCAGGCACUGGCCUGGCCCCAUGAGCCUGGCCUUGUACCUGACAGACGCAGAAGCUCAGCAGUUCCUGCAUUUUGUCGAGGCCUCACCAGUGCUUGCUGCCCGGCAGGACGUGGCCUACCACGUGGUGUACCGUGAGGGGCCCCUAUACCCUGUCAACCAGCUUCGCAACGUGGCCUUGGCCCAGGCCCUCACGCCUUACGUCUUCCUCAGUGACAUUGACUUCCUGCCUGCCUAUUCUCUCUACAACUACCUCAGGGCCUCCAUUGAGCAGCUGGGGCUGGGCAGCCAGCGCAAGGCAGCGCUGGUGGUGCCGGCAUUCGAGACCCUGCGCUACCGCUUCAGCUUCCCCCAUUCCAAGGUGGAGCUGCUGGCCUUGCUGGAUGCCGGCGCUCUCUAUACCUUCAGGUACCACGAGUGGCCCCGGGGCCACGCACCCACAGACUAUGCCCGCUGGCGGGAGGCUCAGGCCCCGUACCGUGUGCAAUGGGCGGCCGACUAUGAACCCUACGUGGUGGUGCCACGAGACUGUCCCCGCUAUGAUCCUCGCUUUGUGGGCUUCGGCUGGAACAAGGUGGCCCACAUUGUGGAGCUGGAUGCCCAGGAAUAUGAGCUCCUGGUGCUGCCCGAGGCCUUCACCAUCCAUCUGCCCCAUGCUCCAAGCCUGGACAUCUCCCGCUUCCGCUCCAGCCCCACCUAUCGUGACUGCCUCCAGGCCCUCAAGGACGAAUUCCACCAGGACUUGUCCCGCCACCAUGGGGCUGCUGCCCUCAAAUACCUCCCGGCCCUGCAGCAACCCCAGAGCCCUGCCCGAGGCUGAGGAUGGGCCGGCGCUGCCCCUCAUCUUAGCAUUGGGCAGACACCAGGGCAACCUGCCAUCCGCCCUCCCUGCUAUUUAAAUUAUUUAAGGUCUCUGGGAAGGGCUGGGGUGGAGCAUCUGUGGGGUGGGGUCUUCCCCUUGCUGCUAUUGUAUGGCUGGGGACUGGUCUCCCUCUGCCCCCAGCCAGUUUGGGGCUGGUUCCCCCAUCUUGAAUUGUUUAUCCCUUUUUCAUAAUUAAAGUUUUAAAACAUC